AUGCGCCCUCUAGCCUCCCUUUUGUCCGUAGCCAUAGCUAUCGCAGCUUGCGUGACAGCCGCACCAAUCCAGGAGAGACAGAAUGCCUAUUCAGCCUAUAUGUUUGCCUAUUUUACUGGUGAAGGGUACUCUAACGGAGAAACAAUAUCUUUUGCUGUGAGCAAUGGGAACGACGCACUACACUGGACGGAGGUCAAUCGAGGCAAUCCUUAUCUUACCUCCACCCUUGGAACUAAAGGGGUGCGCGAUCCGUCCAUCAUUCGCGCUCAUGAUGGAUCAAAAUUCUGGCUGCUGGCAACAGACUUGAAGAUGUAUGGUAGUGGCGAUUGGAACGCUGCAGUACGCACCGGUAGCCGAUCCAUUGUAAUCUGGGAGUCCACCGACCUCAAGAACUGGGGAACUCCCCGACUUGUUCAAGUGUCACCAGCUACUGCAGGAAACACCUGGGCUCCGGAGGCUAUUUGGGAUCCAUCUCAGAAUAAAUAUGUUGUGUUCUGGGCCAGUUCGCUGUAUGCCGCAAGCGAUACCGCACACACUGGAUCAUCAUAUCACCGCAUACUUCGCGCAACGACAACAGACUUCAAGACUUUCUCUGCACCGGAGGUAUACAUUGAUAAAGGUUGGGCGGUUAUAGAUACCACUUUUGCCUACGACUCGUCGACAGCAACAUACUACCGAUUCAGCAAAGACGAGAGGGCCAACAGUUCAUCUGCUCCUAACGGAAAGUUCGUUUUCCAGGAAAAAGGCUCAAGCAUCUCCGGUUCGUUCUCAUUGAUCAAGGAGGGUGUCGGUAAAGGUUCUGUCUCCCGAGGAGAAGGCCCAACGGUCUUCAAAUCCAAUACUGAGUCCAAUAAGUGGUAUAUGUUUAUUGACGAGUUUGGCGGCCGUGGUUAUGUACCUUUCGAGACAACAAAUAUUGCUUCAGGCGCGUGGACGUUAUCCACCGGAUAUUCACUCCCAAGCCGACCACGCCAUGGAUCGGUUAUCCCUAUCACGGAGGCUGAACGACAAAGGCUGCUCAUAACCGCGAGCCUUGCUUUGGCUGGAGCCGUCAAAGAAAAGCGUGCAACAUAUUCUGCUUACAUGUUUGCAUAUUUCACCGGAGAGGGCUACUCAAACGGAGAAACCAUCUCGUUCGCCGUUAGUAAUGGCAACAGUCCUCUCAACUGGACGGAGGUGCAUGGUGGCACGCCUUAUCUUACUUCCACCGUUGGGACUAGGGGUGUGCGUGAUCCAUCCAUCAUUAGAUCUCAGGAUGGUUCCAAGUUUUGGCUGCUUGCAACCGAUCUGAAAAUAUAUGGAAACGGUAAUUGGAAUGCGGCUGUAAGAACAGGAAGUCGUUCUAUCGUAAUUUGGGAGUCUACAAACCUGAAGGACUGGGGAUCACCGAGACUAGUUGAAGUGUCGCCUCCGACCGCGGGAAACACGUGGGCACCGGAGGCUAUAUGGGACCCACAACAAAGCGCAUACAUAGUCUUUUGGGCGAGCUCCCUGUAUGCAGCCAAUGAUACCUCUCACACUGGGACCUCAUAUCACCGUAUACUGAGAUCCACUACUACCGACUUCAAGAGCUUCACGCCGGCACAAGUGUACAUCGAUUACGGUUGGUCAGUCAUCGAUACAACCAUGGUACGGGACACUACUACUGGAACGUACUAUCGUUUCAACAAAGACGAGCGCUCCCCAAGUAGCAAUACACCUGAUUCAAAAUUUAUUGCGCAAGAAAAAAGCAGUAGUGUGACAGGAACCUGGUCAGGAGUCGUCGCGGGAAUAGGGAAGGGUGUGCUGACACGCGGAGAAGGCCCAACCGUUUUCAAGUCAAACACAGAGGCCAAUAAGUGGCAUAUGUUCAUCGAUGAAUAUGGAGGUCGAGGGUAUGUACCAUUUGAGACCACGAACAUUGCUGCCGGCACAUGGGCCGUCUCAACCAAUUAUGCCCUCCCGAGUCGGCCUCGCCAUGGUUCAGUUAUACCAAUCACUGAGGCCGAAAGGCAGGUUUUGCUCGGUCUGUGA